AUGGCUAACGUGGAUGCGGCGCUUUUGGAGCUUGCCGUUGCAUGCAGAGUUCCGCAGGAGUUCCACUUCGUGCUGGAUGGUUAUGACGUGCCGCUGUUUGGUUGCCUAGCAGCCUCACACUCGGAAGUGGAUGCCUCAAUCGAGGUACUGCUGGAAGGGGCCGCCUUGCCUGCGGAAUCCACCGAGAAACUACGUCUUAUGUCAUCCUUCCGCCUGCUGUUUCAGAAGUGUCAGUCUGUGACAGCAACUGGUUCGAAUGCGGGGAGCGCGGCCCAAGCAAGCAUGACAUCCAAUGCAGCUUCAUGGGUAGACUCUUUCCCGGCAAAAUUGACAGGUGAGGAGGUGGUGAAACUCCGCCUUGAGUUCGAGGCUUCGUACCCAGGAGAGGUCUUGGAUGCGGAUAACACCCCAGGUCACCGGCUCUUAGCGUUGGCAGCAAAGCUUGUUAAACCAGGUGAGAUGCGGUUGGAAGAGCUGGUGUACGACGAGAUACCUUCAAGAGAGCUACCUCAAGGCCAAGUCGGCAUGACCUUCCUGCAGGGCAUCUUGGGUCUUUUGUGCAUAUCACUCGCUUUCGUUAAGGGGGCUCACCUUCAGAGCUUGCGGCUUUACGAGCGCAAGUUCAUCCGCUUGGCCUGCCAGCGGCAUGAGGCAUCUUCAGGGCUCCGAAGCCCGAAUAUGGAGGAGCUUCAGGCGGCAGACAAGCACAUUUGGGGCUUGAUUGCAGAUUUGGUCAAUGUCCACAAGUGGAGCCUGAAUGAUGCACUGACGGAGGUAGUGCAAGUUCGCGGUGACUUGGCGGCCAUGUUGCAGCCUCGCAGCCAAAUCUUGAAGAUCAACAGGCAGCAUUUCAAAGGCAAUGGCAAGGGGAAAGACUCCCCUGGUGGUAAGAACGGCAAGGGCAACAAGGGCAAUGGCACCAACAGUCAACGCUGGAUGCUUUCUUACACGGACUCCAAGGGUCAACGCAAACAAUUGUGCCGUGGGUACAGUUCUCCAGACGGAUGCAAGUUUGAGAACUGUAAAUUCGAGUCACAGUCGGUGGCGGAACACUCCGAUGUGCGGACUGGUCGAUCCAGCGAAUUUCCGUCGCCGACUUCAGCAGACUUUUCUUGGGAAGCUUGCUUGGCUAUCCUGCAGAAUCACUGUGUGGGUGAUGCUCCUCUGUACCGAGAUACAGUUCUUGCAGGUGCGCGAUCUCGAGCACAAUAUUUCAAUUUUGGGGCGAGAGCGGGCUCCAAUGCGGGGCUUUGCAAAGGCACAGCAGAAAACGCAGAAUUCGUUGAGUACCUGAACAUUUUCCUUCGGCAGAUUUUUCCAGACGGCACAUGGUCCAGCUUCUGUGUCAGUCACAAUGAGUUCGCUCACAUCCACGUGGAUAAGAACCUUCCGGGAUCUUUGAAUUAUUCAUUCAGUGUUGGGGCUUUCGAGAAAGGCGGUUUGUGGGUGGCUUUGCCGCCAGACGAACUUCCUCACCUUCCACGAGUGUCUCCGCCGGACACUUCUGCUGAUGCCUCGCUGUUGGGUUGCAUAGUUCAGACCAGGAGGUGUGGUUUUUCUUGGGACGGCCGCAUUGCUCAUUGUUCGGAGCCAUGGGUCGGUGACAGAUGGGUCGUGACGGCCUAUACUUCUUGUACUUGGGGUUCAAUGACGGAACCGGAUCUUCGCUCUUUACGUGAUCUGAUGUUUCCGCUACCAGGCGACGCCAUGGUGAUCGACGAGGCGGAGUGUGGGUCUCGGGCUGCCAAAAUUGAUCAGGCACAGCUGGGGCUACCAGUUGCAAUCAUGCCUCCCGACCUUGAUGCAAUUCGAGGAAAUCUUUUUCUGGAGAUCUGUUCUGGGCCAAAUCGGCCUCUGUCUGCUGCCCUCCUGGCGAAAGGUGUUUCAGUGCUCUCGAUCGACAUUCUUUUGCAUGAAGUUCACAACUUGUUGAAUGACUCCACUUAUGACAGCCUCAUGCGGCUAUGCUACAGCGGACAGGUGAAUCUGGCCCACGCUUCUCCACCUUGCACGGAGUACUCCAGGCUCAAGCUCCGGGCUGACCCACGGAGCGGAGCGCAGUAA